ACCUCAACGUCUUACAGGACAAUAACACUGAACUAAUGACUGAAAAACACCAGCUGCAGGACAACUUCAGCUCUUUGAGUCAGAAGAAACUGGAGCAGGAGACCAGAGUCAAAGAUCUCACUGCUGAGAAAAAAACAGUUACAGGAAGUCUUGACUCUUUGAGUCAGAAGAACCAGGAGUUAGAAGGCAAAGUCAGGUCUCUGAGUGAUAAACUAAAGAAAGGAACAUGUGAAGGAGCCAAACUGGGGAGUUCAGACAAGCUGUAUAUAUCUGAAGGGGAGAAGAGCUGGUCUGACAGCAGACAGUACUGCAGGGAUCGUGGCGGUGACCUAGUCAUCAUCAACACUGAAGAGAAGCAGAGAUUCAUAUCAUCCUUCAUCAAGCACAGUGUGUGGAUUGGUUUGUCUGAUAGAGAGAAUGAGGGCGAAUUAAAAUGGGUGGAUAAUUCUGAACUGAAACAAAGGUAAGCGGCAAAACUAUCCAUCUGGAACUCAAACUAAGUUUCUGCCCUGGUGUGGGAUAAUACACUUUCCAUUUUGCAAGUUCACUCACGUUGUGUGCUGUAGUGUUAGGUGAAUCCUCCAUUUUUAACUGAAAAUCUACCGCUUUUUAUUCAGGUUUUUUCCCAUAUGAGCCAAAUGAUGCAGGUGGAAAUGAGGACUGUAUCGAAAUGCAAUUUUGCAACUCUUGUUCCAACCUGAACACCUGGAACGAUCUCCCAUGCUCAGAUUUUAAAAAGGCACUUUGUGAAAUAGGUCAUUCUGUCCUGUUACGCUUUUAUUUUUAUUUUAUAGAACACCUUUAUUGCAAUUUCUCAUUUAGCAUCUACACAGUCUUCUGCUUUAAUUUUAUGUGGAAUGAUAGCAAGGUAUCGUUUUUGCUUUAUAUAAUGUUC